AUGGUCCGCAAGCCCGCCACAGCCCCGGUCGUAGCACCAACAGUCAUGAAGGACCACCAAUCCCCCGAAGACAGCUCAAUGAAAAACGGCCUCUUCCGCGAAUACAACACCAAAGCUCCAAAAGAAACUUCGAUCGUCCCUCUUUUCAGCCUCAAAGGCAAGACCGCCGUCGUCUCCGGGUCAGACCGAGGAAUCGGACUAGCAGUCGCCCAAGCACUCGCUGAGGCCGGAGCAAAUGUGGCGAUCUGGUACCAUUCUAACAAGAAAGCGUAUGACCGAGCGAAGGAGAUCGAGGAGGAUUAUGGAGUCAAGUGUAAAGCCUACCAAGUCGACAUCACGUCCUACGACUCCAUCUCCUCCGUCCUCAACUCCAGCAUCAACGACCUAGGUGGACGCCUGGACGUCUUCGUCGCCAAUGCCGGGAUCCCCUGGACGCAAGGCCGGAUGAUCGAUGGCGAGCUCUCGCAUUACCACGCGGUGGUAUCGACGGAUCUGGACAGUGUGUUUUACUCCGCCAAAGCCGCCGGCGAAGUGUUCAGAAAACAGUACGAGACGGGCUGUGAUGCGAAUGGAAGCAAGUUGGAGGGUUGGAGAGGAGGCAGUUUCGUCGCCACCGCCUCCAUGAGCGGGCACAUCGCUAAUAUCCCGCAACUCCAAUCCGCCUACAACGCCGCCAAAGCAGGAGUCAUCCACCUCUGCCGCAGCCUAGCAGUUGAAUGGGUCAAAUUCGCGCGCGUCAACAGCGUCUCGCCCGGCUACGUGGCGACGGAAAUCUCAGACUUUGUGCCCCCGGAGACGAAGGCGAUUUGGAGGAGUAAGAUUCCGAUGGGGAGGGAGUGUGAGGUGCAUGAGCUGAAGGGGGCGUAUUUGUAUCUGGCGAGCGAUGCGAGUAGUUAUACGACUGGGACUGAUAUAGUGGUGGAUGGUGGGUAUGUUGUUGUCUGA